UCCGAAAUCCUUUUACCCCUCCAUAUUUGAGAAAUUCAUAUCUUUCCCAUUAAAAUAUUUUAAGCAAAACGAAUGCGAUAUAUGUACGGGUAAAAAAAAAAAACACAUUCCUUCAAUCAAUUGCCACAAACCAAAGUCCUUAGUCCGACCGUCAUCACUCGGUUAUAAUCCCUGUGACUCUCUCUCUCUCUCUCUCUCUCUCUCUCUCUACCAGCUUACUCUGUGUUCACCAGCUUACUCUGUUUUUUUUUCUUCCAAUCAAUCAGAAGCCUACGAAAGUGGUCCACGUGAUCUAUACAGUCAUUUUGUCGUGGGCUGAUCACUACAUUGCGAUUAAAAGACUUGUGGCAUGUUUUCUAUACAGAAACUUUCUAGACACGUGUGAUGUUAUUGCGCAUAUAUAUAUACAAGCAAGAGGAAGCCAUAUGAUGGCCGCUGCUGCAGUUAUGGGUCUUAGUGCAGGAAAGAGGCUCUUGAGUUCCUCCUUGUAUUAUUCUGAUAUCACGGAAAAGCUGUCUUGUUGUAAUGAUUAUGGAUUGGCAUACCAUCAUGCUGCUUCAACAAAGAAUAUUAUCACGGCAAAGAAGUCAUCCAAUAAUACUAGCAUUUUGUCCUACCAACAGACACAGUCCAUCAAAGCUCUUAAAGAACAUGUGGAUACCGCUUCUGAUCAUUCAACUGCAGAGUGGUUUUACAGAUUGAAGCACCUGGAGGUGGAGGAAAGAUCUCAUCCUGAAUUUUCAGUGGAGGCUCUUCUCUUGUUACAAAAAUCUAUGCUGGAAAAGCAAUGGAAUCUUUCAACUGAGGCAGCAGUAGCAACUUAUAGAAUAAGAGAAAAUACCCACAAGAAGGUACAGGUCACUGGUUCAGGGACUUCUGCUCGCAGGAGGAGAACAGAUACUAGGAGGAAAGUUCUGAGCCCAAAUAGUUCUGUGAUGCAACUUGGUAGUACAAGUAAGCAGCUAAGAUCCAUUAUCAGUCCAGAGCUGCUUCAGAACCGUUUGAAAGGUUAUGUGAAGGGUGUAAUAAGUGAAGACUUGCUCACCCACUCUGAAGUAGUGCACCUAUCUAAAAUAAUAAAAUCUGGUCUUUACUUAGAGGAGCAGAAAUUAAGACUGAAAGAAAGUUUAGGAUAUGAGCCUUCUGAGGAGCAACUUGCAACUUCCCUGAAGAUUUCUCGUGCUGAGUUACAAUUGAAACUGAUAGAGUGUGCUUUGGCAAGAGAAAAGCUAGCAAUGAGUAAUGUCCGUCUGGUCAUGUCUAUUGCACAAAGAUAUGACAACAUGGGUGCUGAAAUGGCUGACCUUAUUCAGGGUGGCCUGAUUGGACUGCUCCGGGGAAUUGAGAAAUUUGAUUCUUCCAAGGGAUUCAAAAUUUCUACUUAUGUUUAUUGGUGGAUACGUCAGGGUGUUUCGAGGGCAUUAGUUGAGAAUUCAAAAACCUUAAGGUUGCCUACCCAUUUGCACGAAAGAUUAAGUUUAAUCCGCAAUGCAAAGAUGAAACUGAAAGAGAAAGGGAUAGCUCCAUCCAUUGAUAGAAUUGCAGCAUGCCUGAACAUGUCCCAAAAGAAAGUCAGGAAUGCAACAGAGGCAAUUAAUAAGGUCAUCUCACUUGAUAGGGAAGCAUUCCCCUCUUUAAAUGGUCUUCCAGGAAAAACACUUCAUAGUUACAUUGCAGAUAAUCGCCUCGAGAUCAACCCAUGGCAUGGAGUAGACGAGUGGACACUCAAGGAUGAGGUAAACAAACUAAUUAGUACAACUCUAAGAGAACGGGAGAGUGAUAUUAUACGGCUUUACUAUGGCCUGGACAAUGAAUGUCUUACUUGGGAGGAUAUUAGUAGACGGAUAGGUUUGUCCUUGUCCAGGGAUAGAGUUAGGCAUGUUGGACUCGUUGCACUAGAGAAACUAAAACAUGCUGCGAGGAAGAGAAGGCUGGAGGCCAUGCUGGUGAAACAUUGAUUUGGUAUGUUUGUUGCAGAAAAUAGAAAUUGCAUGUAAAUAUAUAUCGACAAAGUAAAGUUGGAAUCUCCAAUUUAUUUUCUCUAUCUUGGAAUCUCCAGUGGAAAUGAAAUAAAUUAGCAUGUGUGAUGAAUAUAUGAGUAUCUUAUCUUUUCUUUACUUUUUUCCUUUCAGCAUUAGAGUGAUCUCUCGUCCAUGGAUAUGCAGAUUUUUUGUUGUUUCAGAGAUUUAGAAAUAAUGUACAACUUGGGAUUGAUGCAAUUUCUAUAUAUGACUACUUUCAACC